ACAUUCUGCAAAUGCACAGGUUAAUGAAUUCCUGUAAAUUCCUUUUAGUUUCCAUAUAAUUCUAAUGAAAAGUUUCCAACUUCUGCCACCCUAAACAUGCCUCUAGGAUUCCUUAAAAUCGGCACGAUACAUUUCUGGAUAUAUUUUUUGUAAAUGUCAAAUAUUUAUCUGAAUUCUAGGAAACAUGCACCUGAUUUCUUUUCAGUCAAGAGCGCUCAGAUGAAUUAUUCCUGCGCCUUCCUUAUUCAGAUUUCACAGCAAAAGGUGAUUGAAAGAGAGGAUUAAUAUUAAAAAGCCACCGUUUGCAAGUUUUAGUGUGUGCGUAACAACAACGAGACGAGUGUGUGACAAACUUGACCAGGCUUCAUUAUUCCCCGCCUUUGGAGCUUGCUGAAAGACAACAUUGUUGCUUUAAGAUUGUUCUAGAAAUCGCCAAUGGCUGUGUCUAUUGUUGGGGUGAGUUGGAUUGAUAACGCGAGGGGAGAGUUGGUGCAUAUCAUCAGUGGAGCAGCUGCAGGGCAAGACAGAAGCAUUCACGUCCUCAACGCAUCCUUGCAGACAUGGGUUGCUAUGAGUGCUGUAUGCGUUGCCUGGGUGGGAUUCCCUACUGCUCCCUGGUUGCCACGCUGCUGUGCUUUUCCGGCAUCGCCCUCUUCUGUGGAUGCGGACACCAGGCGCUCACAGAGACCGAAAGACUCAUCGAGGCUUACUUUGCCCGUAACCUGCAGGAUUACGUCACCCUUGCUUACAUCAUUGAGUAUUUCCAGUAUGUCAUCUACGGUUUGGCCUCUUUUUUCUUCCUCUUCUGCAUCAUGCUGCUGGCGGAGGGCUUCUACACCACCAGUGCUGCCAAGCAAACCUUUGGAGAGUUCCGGAGCACCAUGUGUGGCCGCUGUCUCAGCUCCACGUUUAUAGUGCUGACAUACGUCCUGGCUCUGCUGUGGCUGUUGGUGUUUGCCUUGUCGGUGCUCCCUGUCUAUUUCUUCUACAACAUGGGCACCACCUGCCACACCAUCGAUGAUCUGACUGAGACACCAGCAAGCAUCAACCAGCUUUGUGUCGACGCACGGCAAUACGGGCUGCUGCCAUGGAACGCGGUGCCAGGAAAAGCUUGUGGAAUAACGUUGUCCACAAUCUGCAAGACCAGAGAGUACCAAAUGACCUAUGACCUCUACAUUGCGGCCUUCAUCGGCGCAGGCAUCACUCUCAUGGCUCUGCUGACCUAUACUGUGUCAACCACCUAUAACUUUGCGGUUCUGCGCUAUCUGGGGAGGAAGGGCAUAGGUGCACGGUGUUAGGCUCGCCAGCUUCCUGUCUGCACUGUCGCCACAGUAGCACCAGCACGGGGAUUUAAAGGGACAGUAACUGUUUUCUUCCUUUCCAUCACUUGUUUUUGUGUAAUGAACUUUUUGGCCUGACACGGACUCUCCAAGCUUUUUUUUUUUUGGAACAAUUGUAUUGUUGUGUGUUACUUUUUUUGGGGUGGUGGGUUUCAUGUCACACAGGUUUAUAGUUUUUGGGGGGGGGGUUUUUGGUGGUUUGUUUUCCCCAAUCCCAUAUCACUAAACAGUUUUCAUUUGAAUGUGCUACAUGCUGGAGGUUAGUAUUUCAAACUUAAUUUUACUUUCCACGGCGCUCUAACAGUAGUAAUGCAUUAACAUGAACAAAAUAACAGGGAUUAUGGGUAACCAUGGCUACCAUUUCUCACAUCUGGUUGCCGUGGUGGCAGACAAGCACGCAUUUGCGGGCUCGUCGUUGACCUCUGGACUUUCUCACGAGCUGGUGAGCAGCCUCAACAAAGGAUUCAUGCCCUUUUUUAAGUGGCCAAUAAAAAGUCACUUUGGAGGCCACCUGCGCGAGAACUUUCCAGCAGCGGUCAUGUGACAUGUCAAGGGAAAGAGUCUUGUAGACAAAGAGAGGGUAAGACUUCUCUAAAGCAUCAAUGGGGCUCCUUUGGGACAGCAACCCUGACCUCCACCUCCCCCUGAAUAAUGGGUAUGAUGGAUUGUGAGCGAGGGGGCUGAAGGAAUUUUUUAUUUUGUUUCUUUCUAGUUACAAAGGGACUUUUUUUGUUAAGUUGGAUCGAGUGCGGUCUGGAAUUGUUUCUCAUACUUGAGAUGGCAAAGGGUGUUUACUUUUCAAGUGACACUGGACCUGUAGCCUAAAAAUACUGUUGAGAUGACUCAGCUUUGCUCUUGAAGCAACAGUACAGAAUUUUCAUUCAGCAACCACUUUAAUGGAUACACCUAAAGAUUCAACAUGAGCUGUAUUUAAAAAAUCUGCCUUUAUGAAGACGGUAAUGUGAAGUUUGGAUUGAGAGUUUGUCUAAGUCUAUUAUACAGUGGAAUCUUGCUUAGCGUCAUUAAAUCGUACAUGAAGGUCCAACUCUCUGAAAUGGACACUAACCGAAUUAAUUUUUCCCAUAAAUCAUGUAAAUCCAAUCAAUCUUUUCCAGAAGGCCAUUUUUUAGUUUAUAGUUUGACAUGAACAAUACAAUUCCAAAUGCACAUAAAUGCAUAAAAAAGACAAGUGAAAGGGAUAAAUGAACAAUUAAGGUUUCUUUUACCGUGAGGUGACUGAAAAUGGGAGGGAAACCCAAUUCCUUUUACUGAUUUGAGCUCAUAUGAGUCACACUCUUAUGUGAAUUGGGUACUCUUCACUCGAGUCGCCAGUCACAAAGUAACAAGUUCCGCCCGCUCCCCUGACUUUAAUCAUGCACUGACAUCUUACCUGGCUAGUAGCGGAGCUAAGGUAACGAGUUAACGUAGUCAGGUACCCGUCAGUCCCGAUUCAGUAUAAAACUUGCAAGUUUUAAACUAUUCGUUCAUGACUCGCACAUCUCUAGUGUCUUUGGGCACAGUUACGUCUGUAAUGAAGGUAAAGGCAACCUUAAAUGUUCAUUCACCGCUUUUCAUUUCUCAUUUAUAUGCAUUUAUAAUUUUUUAUGCAUGUAAAGCAUUUUUUGUGUUAACAUUUUUGAGAGCCACCUGCUGAUGACAUCAUAGAUGGGCGAAGUAAUUUCCGGUUCCGGGUACCGUUUUGUUCGCUAGCUAAUAGGAUGCUAACAAGGAAGGACUGUUGUCUGUUACUGAGCAGUACGUACCCGGAAUGCCAACGGUCCCACGCUUGCGCAAGGACUACACUUCCUCCUUUUAGCUAAUUUUUUACUACAGCGCUUCUGCGACGUCACGUGCUGUGGUAUUUUUUUUUUUAUGUAUGAAGAUAAAUGGUCAACAACCAUACUUCAUAUAUGUAAUAUUUUGGGAGGUUAUUUUAUAAGUGACUCUUGUUGAAAUACUUGGUUAGCAUGGGGAUGUUUCUAUCAUCUUAUGACAUCCAGUAAGACUGAGCUACGUAAAAACCUACGCAAUGCACGUGGCACUGACGUGAACGUCAUAUCUGGUUACGUAUAACAUACAUAAAUAGAAUCAAAUGCAGUUAUAUUUCAAUGUAAACAACCGUAAGCAGAGUGCAAUGAUGGAUUAAUCUAGAGUGUUUUUUCUAAACGGGGAAAUACCAUCCACCCAAAUAUAUCUUCCUGGCAAAUGCUUUUGUGUGUGUUUUUUCAGUGGCGAAAAAAACGUAAAAUAAUUUAUGGAACAAAGAAAAGAGGGCGAUAAAUUGUCCACUUGCACAAUAAAUAUGAUAUAAGAAAAAAAAUGAUCGAUUAUAUUGCAAUUUGUCAAAUUUCUAUCUUAAUAGCGUUUUUUGGACUGGGGUCCAAUAAAAUACAUUGACUGAUGGCGUAGACUACACAUGCCUAACGUGACUGCUGAAAAAUAGGCCGACCGGAUGUAGACACGUUCUGCACAUGCGUCGAACCCAGUUGAACCGAUUGAGUUCCGGGUACACAUUGCAUAGUGACAGUGUAUUAACGCGCCAAGACACGCGUCAUAUUGUACGCUAACCGGAGAAUGCAAGCAAACCGAGGCAAAACUGUGGCAUACAUUUUCGAUGUUAACUGAAAAAACACGCUUACCAUGGCGGACGCUAACCGAGGUUCCACUGUAGUCCUGUAUUUCUGCACCACUGCAAAAGUAACAAGUAACAUACAUACUGUUAGACAGCAUUAAUCAAAACCAAGCCUUAUUUUUGCUAAGUCAUUGCAAUAUACUGUACUGGAUGUAAAUGGCGGACAUAAAAAAAGUUUUGUAUUAAGUUUGUAUCAAUUGCAUGACUGAGGUUGUGUAAGAAGCAGGGGCAUUUUGUCUCAUUCUCAAGGAAUUUUGUUGUAGUUAUUGUAUAACAUCUUUUUACUUACCGAGGCAUUUAACCUUUCUAUUUUGUUUUCUUUUUAACUAACAGCAUAGAUUAUUCAGUUUGGUGAAAGCUUUAUCCGGCUCUGAGUAGUAGUUUUGUCAAGCGCUAGUUGGCUGUUUUGAUAAAUUUUUUUUGUCCUUGUUGGUGAUAUUUGAUAAUAAAGCAAUAUUGUAGUUUCUGUGCAAAGCCCCUGAAAUAUUUAUUUGUACUGCUUAAAAUUCUCCAUCCUUGGCAUUCUGGCACACUGCGUGAGGGGGCGCGGGGUGGUUUUGUUCGGC